CAUUGAAGCUGCAGGAUCGGAUGGUGGGUGGGAGAGAGUGAAUCGGGUUUUUUUCAGAGCAUUUCAGAGUUAGGUUGGUAGAAAUUUGGGAUUUUGUAGAAGGCAGUGAUGAAGUUUAUGAAGCUGGGAUCGAAGCCAGAUUUGUUUCAAUCUGAAGGAGACAACGUUAGGUUUGUGUCAUCAGAACUGGCCACUGAUGUCAUUAUUAUUGUUGAUGAAGUCAAGUUCUACCUGCACAAGUUUCCUCUUCUUUCCAAGAGCUACCGGCUGCAGAGACUGAUUCUCGAAGCGAAUUGCGAAGGCACCGACAAGAUUAAGAUGAACAAUUUUCCUGGCGGGCCGCAAGCUUUCGAAGUAUGUGUUAAAUUUUGUUACGGGAUGACUGUCACUCUCAGCGCCUAUAAUGUCGUUGCCGCCAGAUGUGCUGCUGAAUACCUUGAAAUGACAGAGGACACCGAAAAAGGCAAUCUUGUAUACAAAAUUGAGGUUUUCUUAAACUCGAGUGUGUUUCGUAGCUGGAGAGAUUCGAUCAUAGUUCUCCAAACCACAACUUCCCUGCUGCCUUGGUCUUCAGAACUGAAAAUUGAGGGAAGAUGCAUUGAUUCCAUAUCCUCAAAAUCCUCUGUGGAUCCCUCCAGUGUUCACUGGUCUUACACGUAUAACAAUAAGCCAAUAAUUUCGGAUAAGAUCGCCGAGAUUCAGCCAAAGAAUUCGGUUCCGAAGGACUGGUGGAUCGAGGAUUUAUGUGAGCUUGACGUUGAUCUCUAUAAGCGCACAAUGGUGGCGAUAAAAGCAAGAGGAAGAAUGUCUUCUGAUUUGAUUAUAGAAGCUCUGAGAGCUUACGCGAUGAGAUGGCUGGCAGACUCUGAUGAAACUUUAGUUUCUUCUGAUGAUUGCACUAAAAGAAACAAGUAUGUUGUAGAAACUCUAAUCUGGCUUCUUCCAUCAGACAAGGCUUCUGCUUCGUCCUGUAGGUUUCUGCUACAAUUGCUUAAUGCGGUUCUUUUGGUUGAUUGUGGGAGUUUUUUGGAGGAGGAGUUGAUGAAUAGGGUGAGUGCACAAUUGGAUAAGGCUUCGGUUAAGGAUUUGCUAAUACCUUCGAGGUCAUCGGGCGAAACUCUUUAUGAUGUUCCGCUCGUGCAAAGUCUGGUUAAGCGGUUUAUGGUGCUUGAGCGAAGUGUGAGGGAUGGGGGUUAUGGUGAGUGUGAGAAUAGAGCGGCGGGCUUAGUUUUGGGUCAUGCAUCUUUGGUUAGCGUGGGUAAGUUGGUUGAUGGUUACCUUAUUGAGAUUGGAAGAGACUCGAAGGUUGAGGUGUCGAGCUUUGUCGAGCUCGUGCAAUCACUUCCGGAUGCAGCCCGGCCGAUGCAUGAUGGAUUGUAUGCUGCUGUUGAUGUUUUCCUUAAGGGACACCCUGAUCUAGCAAAAGCAGAAAAGAAGAGGAUUUGUUCAUUGAUGGAUUUGAAAAAACUCACCCCAGAGGCAUCCAUCCAUGCGGCGCAGAACGAUCGUCUGCCACUACGAGUAGUGGUGCAAGUCCUCUUCUUUGAGCAGAUGAGGGCUGCUUCCACUGCCGGAACCCUAAAAGCUGCAACUGGUAGCAUAUUAAACCGGAGCUCAAGAUUAACAGGAGUGGUUGAAAAAGAAUGGGAGGCCCCAGCAUCAGAACACUGCAAGUCCUUAGAAAAACAACUAAGGUUUCUGAAAGUUGAGGAAGAUGAUAGGCGGAGGGAGAUAAAGAAUGAGAAUGAGAAAGAUAACAAGAACAGAUUGUUGCCAUCCCGGUCGAGAAGAAUACUGGAGAAGUUUUGGGUGGGGAAGAUUCAGGUUGGGCAGAACAAUCGGAGCUCGGAAACUUCCGGUAGUUCACAGAGCCCGCCGACUUCUGCAACAAAUCCGGUGGCUUCGACGACAAAGUCUUCUGGUUCUUCUUCAAGGCCGCGGCGGCACUCUGUAUCUUAGGAGAGUGUUGUCAUCUUUUUUUUAUUUUGUAAUUUUAACUGAUGUGAGUUGGAGACCAGAGAGAAUUGGAAUUGGAGAGGGGGAGUGGAGAUUAUGUGUCUCCUUGUUCUUUGGUUCUGUUUUGGGGGCUUCUGAUUGGAAUGGGAAGAGAAUGUAAGCAGAAAGUAUUUGAUUUUAAUGUCUUCCAAGUUUUUUUCA